CGAGUGAGCAGUGAGAGCACGAGUGAGAAGCAGGGGGAAGGAGAGGACAGAAAACAACAGCGAGUGAACAGAGAGGCAGCAGAUUACAGCUGGAUCUGCCCUGUAUGCACUCAUAUACAUACAUGAACGUACACAUGCCCUCACUUCUACUCCUGUAUUCCCGUAUCUUUCUGCAGGACGGCAGCAUCAUGAGUGGGAACAUAAGAGGGAUCUUCCUCUCUCCACCAAGAGAGUAAGAAGAGAAGAAAAAAGAAGAAGACGGAGAAAACAGAGGAAGAGGACAGACAGAAAAGGACAACUUUCACCUGAAGGAUCUUUCUCUGGAACCAAAGCACCUGAGCAUGAGGUUGUGAAUCUCUGUGUUCCUCUGAGUUCUUCUUCUUCACUACCUGGCCCAAUGUCUACAAAACUAGGACCAACCGGUCAAAGUACCGUUGCCCACCUCUGGAAGCUGCUGGGCCCUUUGUUAUGUGCUCUGGUCCUGGUUAGUGGCUCCACACUGAGCCCUGAGGACUCACAGAUCAUCACUGCCACAUCGCUGCUGGAGGACUGGACCGGCACCACCAUCCAGCUGCAGCCGGACCUGCAGACUGAAGCCCAGACACCAUCAGAGGCACCGACAGAGGCACAGACUGACACCCAGACUCAGAGCAUAACCAGUAACUACACAGGUCUGUCCUGUAUUGCUGUUUUGCCACCACGUCGCGGUUCCUUCUAUGUGGAGAGUGGUACAGGCGUGUCAGUGGGCAGCGUUCUGGCCUUCUGGUGUCGAGAGGGAUACCAGCUGGUCGGCAGCGACAAAAUCUACUGCAAUGUCAGGAAUGGCAAACCGCAGUGGAGCAACUACCUGCCUGUGUGUGAAGCGAUCCCCAGGCCAGAGGACCGAGGUUUAAGAGUGGCUGUGUUGGCUUCAGUGGUGAGCGGCAUCGUCAUCCUCGCCAUGUCACUGUCCUUCCUCAUCUGCUGUCUGCAGGAACGAUCCAGCAAAGACCGGGCAAAGAAAGAGGGACGAAGCAGACGCCGGGAGAAACGCUCGGCCCGUCGCAGCGAGUGUUGGCUGGAGAGGGAAGAGGGAGAGUGGGAAUCCUUCCCCCCACCCAAGAUCUUUCACCUGUCCCAAAGGAUGAACCCCCGUCUGGCACCUGACAGCCCCCUGUACCUGACAGGAGGCCUGAGUGGAUAUGAGAACAGAGGCUACCAGAGGAGUCAGGAGAGUUUGCUGAAAGCUUCCCUGCCCGGCCUGUACCGCUCCGAGUCUCAGCUGUAUCCGCAUGUUGUCCUGCAGAGGGUCCCGACCCCCACGGCCCCCUCGGCACCGUCGGCUCCGUCCGCCCCUCUGUACCUCCACCUCCCCUCCUCAUCUGCUGCCUCCUCUCCAGCCCACACAUCCUCCCACUCCCAGCCUCACAUCAUGGCGCAGUACCCCACCCCGACAUACCCACCCAACCCCAACACAGCCGUGCCCCCCUACCAUCACCCGACCCCGGCGCCUAUCUACCCCAACCCUAACCCGACGCCACAGCGGCCGUGGCAAUAGCUGCACCUCCCACUUUGAAGAAAGACAAAACACGUUGAGGAAAAAUAAAGAUUUUGCUGCUGGAGACACUGAAAGACAGCCAUUGUUUUUUUGGAAGUUGAUGGUCUCUCCACAUCCCUCUUUUCUCCCACUGAAGGGUUUAAAGCAGAGCAGACACAAAAGAAAAAUGGAGAAAAGAAAACAGGAAAAGCAGCCAGCGUAAAAGAUCCCUCUUUUUCUGCAUGCUUGCUUGCUGAACAUUUCUUGCAUUGUGGACUCAACUGGAACUGAAUACCUUUAGAUGUAUUUUUUUCUUUCAUGCUGCUUACUGACAUGCUGCUGCUGAACUCUCUGCAGGAGGAGAAAGUCUUGCUUUUUGUUUAGGUGCUAGCAAAGACAAUUAAACUCCAAGCAGCCGGUUCACACAGUCACGCAGUUUUACGACAAGGUACUGAUUCAUCCACUCAUCUGAAAGGACUUCUGCAACAGGUGUCUCAAACUUUAAACUAAUGAUUUAGAACAUAUUUUUUAAAGAAAAUUAUCCCUAUCAGCCCAGAGAUGCACAUGAUCCAUCCUAGACCAGAGU